GAUGAAAAAAAAGAACUAUGAUGAAGACAUUAGAUUCAAGGCCAAAUAGAGAUGUUAGACUAUAUCUGAAUGGGCAUUUAAAACAAUUGAUUUUGAAAGAAUACAAGAAGCAAGAGCUAAGUCAUUAUAUAGCGGAGCCAUCAAGAUUCAAAAUUAAGCCAUGCAUUCUAUCCAUUAUCCGUAAAAAUAACUUAAAAUAUUAAGCUCUAAGAGCAUUGAUAGAAAGAAUCCAAGACUUGCUCUGUCUCAAAAGACUACUUCUUAGCAAUCAUCCAAAAUUUAUAGAAAAUUUAUAGAUCCCCAUUAAAUUACUAGAUCACUUGAUUACUCUGAUUUAGUAGAUUCUUAAACAAAUACAACCAAGAAGAGAGCCCCAUAAAAUUAAAGACUCAAUAAAUAAUUUUAAGCAAUCCAUAAUAAGAUGAAAUUAAUUUUAGAUUCCUACAAUAAUAGAGAAAGAGUACUAUUGAAAUAUAUUGCUUCUUUAUAGCAAGAGAUUAUUGCUCUCAAAUAAACUUACAAUUAAACAAUUUGA